CUUCGCACACAGGAGAGGCGCAGGGCGCACGAGAGCGCAGUUGAUCGGAGGAGAGCGCAGUGAGGAGGCGCACUUACAGUGGAGUGUGGAGUGAAUGGACUGCAGCUAAAGCGGAUUGCAGGGACGAGGCUCAAGUUUCACAUCACAGAUCACUCCAGCACUGAGACACCGGAGCUCAGAAGGACACACUCAGAUGGCACGACUCAUUCACAUGGCGCAACGCUAGAGCCUUUCGAUCCACCUGUAUACAUCACCAGGAGCCAUGCUUUUAUCUCCAUUAUAACUCUUUUCCCAGUUAAUUUAACGCGACCCUGAUUCAGCCUGCUCUCUAAGGAAGUCCUGGACUAAACUAUUAGUUGGGUUUGUUUUCAAACUUCGCCCUGUUUGCCAGUUGAUGUCCCCCCUGAUGAGUAGAUUAUAAGUUUGGUGAAGAAAGUCGGAAAAAGCCAAGUUUUACACCUCAGACUGAAAUGGAACAGGACACCAAAGUUUGUCGAGAUUCUCCUACAGAAAGGACUUGCGCUGAGCAUCCGUGUAAAAGGCGGAUGGAGGUGUGUGGUGCGGUGGCGGUGUGUGUCGCGCUCUGUGUCCUUUCUCUCGGGGUGUGUGUGCUGGUGUAUUUGCGCACCUCGGAGCUACAGGACAGAGUUAACAGCCUGGAGAAGCACAGAGAACCUCAGCAUUCAGAAUGGUUGUUUCUCGAGCAGGUGGAACCAGUGCUCCUAAAGCGCCUGGAUCAGAUGCUGGAGGAGAAGUUAGCGUCUCGUCUGCCGAAGACCAGAGAGACUCGGGAUGUCUCCCACGCCUGUCUGUGUCCACCAGGACCUCCUGGUCCUCCUGGACGAGCUGGCUUUCCGGGAGACAAAGGAUCAAUGGGCAUUCCUGGAAGAAUGGGCUUAAAGGGAAACACAGGGGACAAGGGAGCUCCAGGGGAGCCUGGUCUAUCUAUCAUUGGCCCACGAGGACCUCCUGGUCAACCAGGCACUAGAGGAUUUCCUGGCUUUCCGGGUCCCAUUGGCUUGGACGGCAAGCCUGGGCAAAAUGGUCAGAAAGGGGACAUGGGCCCACCCGGUCCCAGAGGAAUUCCUGGUGAACCUGGUCUAAAGGGUGAAAAGGGUGUGUGUGGUGAUUAUACACAUCGGAAACGGCGUAUUGUCCACACAUGUGCUGGAGGACAGGCCACAAUGUUGCCCAUCACCGUGCGCAACAUGCCCUCAAUAAGCCCUCUAAUUCUAAAGCGCCUCAAGCAGGGUGAGCCUGGAGCACUUGGACCACCAGGCCCUCCUGGCCCCCCAGGGCCUCCAGGUAUCCCAGGAUUGAUUGGUGCUAAUGGGCCACCGGGAAAACCUGGAGAACCUGGAAAACCGGGAAAAGAUCUUAGGAUGUUGACAGGAAUGAAGGGAGAACCAGGUAUACAAGGCGUACCAGGACAGAAGGGUGAACGUGGUGAGACAGGAUUCUCUGGUCCUGAAGGCCCCAGGGGAUCCAAAGGGGAUCUAGGUCAGAAGGGAGAGGAGGGGAAGAUGGGUCUUGCAGGAGAAAAAGGAGAGAAGGGUGAGCGAGGGAUGCCUGGAAUACCUGGAAAACAAGGAGUGAAGGGAGAACUUGGUUUUCCAGGGACUCCUGGUUUUAAGGGUCAGGCAGGUAUUCCCGGUAUUCCUGGGAAGCGGGGCUAUAAGGGUGAAAAGGGGGAGCUGAGUUCUUCAGGAGUUAGCAUUAAAGGAGAACCAGGAGUGCCAGGACUGCCUGGUUCCAAGGGUCAAAAAGGUGAUCAAGGCAUUAAGGGUGAUACCGGCUCUGAGGGUCAUCCUGGACCGAGAGGUCCUCCAGGUGCAACAGGAGAACCAGGAAAAAUGUUAAUCAACAACAAUGAGAAUGAUAUUCGCAAUGUACAACUAAUGGGCCCACCUGGUCUACCUGGGCCUCCUGGAUUACCUGGUUCGAAGGGUGACGUUGGACUACCUGGGCCUCCUGGCCUUGAUGGAGAAAAGGGUCCUCGGGGAAAAGUGGGAGAGCCUGGACCUAUUGGUCCACCUGGACCUGAAGGGCCACGAGGAGAGGGAGGAAUUAUUGGCUUACCUGGACCUAAAGGGGAUAAAGGUGACCUGGGUCCCUCUGGUUCACCUGGUUUAGAUGGCCCUACUGGUGAAAAAGGGUCUGCAGGGCCUCCUGGGCCCAUUGGAUUACCUGGCUCAAUGGGUCAGAAAGGUGAAAGUGGAGAGAGGGGGAAAAAUGGAGACCAGAUGUAUGGCCCACCAGGCCCUCCAGGACCUGCAGGGCCAGUGGGGCCAAUGGGACCUCCAGGACUGUCAGGGCCAAAGGGGGAGCCAGGUCUGGGUGUAAGAGGAGAGAAAGGAUCACUCGGACAAAAAGGAGAUAAAGGAGACAGGGGUCAUCUUGGACUACCGGGGGCUCAUGGUUUAGACGGCAAGCCUGGUCCAGUGGGCCUUAUAGGACCGCCUGGUAUAUCUGGACCAGCAGGACCAAAAGGAGAGAGGGGUGUAAAAGGAGAAAUGGGAGUAGCAGGACCAACAGGGCCUCAAGGCAUCCCUGGCUUAGUAGGACCACCAGGAAUAAAAGGAAACCGGGGGGAAAGGGGCAAGAGAGGCAACAGGGGGGCCAAAGGGGAUAAGGGAGACCAAGGAGCCCCAGGAUUAGAUGCCCCUUGUCCUUUGGGUGAUGAUGGUCUCCCAGUACCAGGAUGUUGGAAUAAAUGACAUUAAUUCCGGAUUGUUUUGUUUGAUUGUAAAUAGAAUAUUUAUUUUUGUACUAUUUGCUUUGUUAUAUGUUGGAAAAUAUAGAAAAUCCUAAAAAAUACUGGCAGGACUUUUGUACAGAUGUAUUUUUGUUAUCAUUUAUUUUUUAUUACUGGCAAUAAUUCUUUUAUGUAAUGGAUUUUAUACUUAUGCAAAAUGUUUUGAUUAAGGAGGAAAUAUACCAAGGCAGCAUAUGCAUGAUAUUUGUGCAUUAUGUUAACUGAUAUGUGCCUAUUAACUUAUUGUAUAAUGUUUUUUUGAUGAGCUGAAACAGACCAUGCUGCACUAAUUAGUGGAGCUGUAUUUUUGAAGUGGCCUUUUUUGAGGAAACCCCUCAUUUCUGAGAUUAAAGUAGACACCAAAAGUUGUGUAGCACUGACCACCACUGUAAUCUGUAAAGUACACUAUAUUGCCAAAAGUAUUCACUCAUCCAACCAAAUCAUUGAAUUCAGGUGUUCCAAUCACUUCCAUGGCUACAGGUGUAUGAAAUCAAGCACCUGCGCAUGUAAACCGCUUCUACAAACAUUUGUGAAAGAAUGUGUUCUCAGGAGCUCGAGUGAAUUCCAGCAUGGUACAGUGAUAGGAUGCCACCUGUGCUAUAAGUCCAGUUGUGAAAUCUUCUCGCUAUUAAAUAUUCCACAGUCAACUGUUAGUGAUAUAAUAACAAAGUGUAAGCGAUUUGGAACAACAGCAACUCUGCCACGACGUGUUAGACCACGUAAAAUCGUGCUUCAUGCUCAAGCAGCUGCAUCCCAGCCUUACAUCACCAAGUGCAAGGCAAAGCAUCGGGUGCAGAGGUGUAAAGCACGCAGCCACUGGACUCUAGGGCAGUGGAGACGUGUUCUCUGGAGUGACGAAUCACGCUUCACUGUCUGUCAAUCCGAUGUCUGGGUUUGGCGGUUGCCAUGAGAACAGUACUUCUCUAAAUGCAUUGUGCCAAGUGUAAAGUUUGGUUGGGGGUAUUAUGAUGUGGGGUUAUUUUACAGGAGUUGGGCUCGGCCCCUUUAGUUCCAGUGAAAGAAACUGUUAAUGCUUCAGUUUACCAAGACAUUUUGGACUUGUACCUGUUCCAACAUGACUGUGCACCAGUGCACAAAGCAAGGUCCAUAAAGACAUGAUUAAGUUAGUUUGGUGUGGAAGAAUUUGAUUGUCCUGCACAGAGUCCUGACCUCAAACCCGAUAGAACACCUUUGGGAUGAAUUAGAGCAGAGACUGCGAUCCAGGCCUUCUCGUCCAACAUCAGUGUCUGACCUCACAAAUAUGCUUCUGGAAGAAUGGUCAGAAAUUCCCAUUAAUACACUCCUAAACAUUUUGGAAAGCCUUCCCAGACAGUUGAAGCUGUUAAGUUAAUUUGCAUUUGGAAAAAGACGAGUGAAUAUAGUGGCAAUGUAGUGUAUGCUAAAAAAAAAAAUAUUUAACUAAACUUUCAUGUGGCACUGAGAUUUUUUAAGCAAGUCAAUUAGUUUUUUCAAUGCAUAAAAUAUUAGCAUAUAUAGUCAGUAAAUGUUUUAGCUAAACAGUAAAUAAGAAAGUCUUCUGAAAAAAGAAAAAGUUCAAAGUUGACAGAUGAACAGAGCAAUUCUUGGGCAGCUUUAUGAGAUUUUCUCUCACUAUGUAAUAAUUUUUCCUAUACAGGCCAUGCAUAGCAGUUACGGUUUAGAUUAUUUUAAGCAACUACAAUUUCUCUUUUUUUUUGUAAGCCCUUGCCAUAUGUUAGAGUAGUGCCAAAGCCUUGUUAUUCACCUCACUAAUACCAUUGAAGACUUUUUUGUAAUAAUUGUAUACUAUAUGUACAUUGCUGCUCAUUGACAAGCAAGCUGCUGCAUUUGUUAUUAUGCUUUUAUGCCUUAUUGUACCUCAUGUGACAAGCUGCAAUCAGGAUGAAGGCAAAACCAAGACAACUCACAACCAUUACACUUUAAACAGCAACCAGUCAUAUGAGGAGAGACCCAAGCUAAUGUUUGUUAAUCUGUAUUGUUUUGUUGUCAUGUGUGUAUUGAAGGAGUGGUUAAUUUGAUUAUUGUAUUUAAUUGUUUGCUGCUUAUCAGGAAAAGCAUGUUCUUUUUAAGAUUCACUAAAGCUUUAACAACUGUCAGCUCUGUAAACCAGUCACCCGGCUGAAAUACCUCGGAUUUUGCUGCCAUAACCCUACAAACAGGAGUGAGAAAGCUACCAAGGAUAAUGUCAGAAACUCUUUUUCAACAAAAGUCAAAUGCAAAUAAACCAUAGUUAAACCCUUA